AAGGCACGCUAUAAGAUGGCUGUAAGCCUUUCAUCUCAUUUAAUGGGUUUCAGUGACGAUACCGUUGCGUGUUCCGUUGCCCAAAUGGAUGAGAUUGAAGAUCUGAGUACGUGCUCAGUCUGUUUUUCAGAGUAUAAUAGUGAUAAGCGAAUCGCCAAGUUUCUCCCUUGUUUCCAUACAUUUUGCCUGGAGUGCCUUAGGUCACUGUCUUCAUCCACUGUUAUAAUAACAUGUCCUCUAUGUCGGAACACAUUUACAUGCAACAAUGGUGUGGAUAACCUUCCGUCCAACAUGUAUGCCCUUCAUAUUGCCAAAAUGUCCAACAAAGCUGAGAGAGCUAAACAGUUGCAAAGAUUGUUGGAAUGCUGGUGCCUGUCCUGCGAGUCAGUUGCCAAAUUGUCUUGCUAUUUCAGCAACCCAAAACAUUCUCUUGUAUCCAUAAGAGGUAGCACUAUGAAAGAAGAUGAAGAUCUUCAAAAACUGAUCAAAGACAUCCCUUUAAAAAAAUCAUUGGCUAUUAAAAAGCAUAAACAAGUGCAAGCCCAUCUGAACUCCUUAAUGGAAUUGUUGAAACAAGUUGAAGUUGGCCUUAAAGACCAGCUAAUGAAAAAUGAUCUUCAUCUAGCGGGAAUAAUGUCUUUGGAUGAAAAACUUGCUUUUGCUCAAGAGAAUAAAGAUAUGACUGUUGCAGCUGUUAGGGAAACUGUCAAUUUCCAGUGCGACGAAUCAUUGGCAGAAGUGGCAAAUAUCGCCGAAUAUUACGAAUUACAGAAAAGGAUUAGAAUCAUUUUGAAUCUUCGAAAUUCAGAAAAUCAAGUCAUCCCAACAUUUUCUUUAUUCGAAGAUGGUUUUUACAGCAACUGGUCAACAGCGGAAAACUUGUCUACCACAGAUCGAAAUCUUAUGCUUGUAUCGCAUCUGGUCUUCACAAUCUUGAAGCGAUGGAAGAUUGCUUUGAAAGUAAAAUUACCUCCGGGUUCAAUGUUUACAGCAGUCAGCUUAUCUUCUAUCGAAAAUCGACAUUCUCCACCACAGCUACCAACUGUCACCGCACCCUCUACGUCUUCCAGUGUGCCGUCAACUACGAUAUCACCUAGUGUUGUCGAACAAUCACUCAAUAAACCUUCAAAUUCAAAUUUAGCAUGGGGUCCAGCUCCCACGAUCAGACAGCGUCCGUUUGUUCCAUCGUUAUUGUCGUUUGGAAUUCGUGCUGCAUCACGCCGAGAAAAUGAAGAUUCAUGUUCAGAUCUUCUGUGCCUUGUUUUCGCUUGCCAUCGCCACCAAAGUCGACUACUCGGGGCAUAUGGUAAUUCGAGUAGUCCCGCAGACAGAGGAGCAGGUGAAAUUUUUAAGCGCUUUGGAAUCAAGCAGCUCUAUCGAUUUCUGGACACGCUCAGUCGCCGCUAAUCGAUUCACCGACAUUCACGUCAGUCCCGAAUCAUACAAUCGUGUUGCACGAGCUUUGCUUGAACAUGGCAUGAACCACAAAAUUCAUAUUGCUAACCUGGGCGUAUUGGGAAAA